AUGUCAAGCAAUUUAGCAUCGUCCCGACGCACACAGACGGAUUUGCCAGACCAAACAUCCAAUCCACUGCGCCAUGGAUCAACCGCUUCCACGAGCUCGUCGAUAUACACCGUCUCAUCAAGUUCGUUUGCUCCCAGUCGCACGAGCACCGUCUCCUCCACCGCGUCAUCUGGGUCCGUACCCGGCCAUAGACGGGGCAAGAGUGAGGUAAACACACCGAUUUCCGAAGCAAUGGCUGGAGGCGCUUCCGAUGGGAAAAGCUGGGCCAAUGCGGGCGCGACCUAUGAGAACAUCCGCCGCUCAUUGCGACCACUUUCCCAAGCCCCCAACUCGUCUCCCGUAGCUGCCAAGCAAGCAGCUUUUCGUCAUUCUCGCAGCCAGACUGUCGACAAUCCUCAGUAUUGGAAGGAAAAUCGCCCGCAGACCCCCGAAUCCCGUCCUGCGCACCCUCAGGAUGUUGAUACAUUGAAGGAGAAGCCCUCAUACAUCGAUCAAAGUCCCACGAAAACCAGUUCGCCGCAUGCUGUCUCACCCCAUACCAAGACACAAGUAAAAGCGCACCAUGCACAUAGUUUGUCCAACCCACCACCGUUCACUCAUACCCUGUCAGCCCCCGAGCUAGAGACGUUCCAAAAAUCGUCAACCGGCCACCUGCGGACCCUCUCAAAGUUUGCGAAAUCGGGUGAGACCGAAGAGUUUGCUCUUGACAGCUAUGGGGCAUCUGUGGUGGGAUUACAGGGACGACGACGCCUAAAGCGAGCUGAUACGGUGACCGGAAACAAUAGCCCCAUAGCACGGAAGAAACCGGCGGCAUCAGCAUGGACGGCUGGGAGCUGGAUGGACAAGCAACGUCAGUUCCUCCAGGCGUACGAGUACCUCUGCCAUAUUGGAGAAGCCAAAGAAUGGAUCGAAGAGGUUAUUCAGAAACAAAUCCCCCCAAUUGUCCAGUUGGAAGAAGGCCUGCGUGACGGAGUUACGCUGGCGGAGGUGGUACAAGCCAUGUACCCAAACCGAACCUUUCGAAUCUUCAGACACCCACGACUUCAGUACCGUCACUCUGACAACAUCGCACUUUUCUUCCGAUUCCUAGAUGAGGUCGAGUUGCCAGAGCUAUUUAGAUUUGAGCUUAUCGAUCUUUACGAAAAGAAGAACCUCCCGAAGGUUAUCCACUGCGUACACGCCUUGUCAUGGCUGAUGUUCAAGAAAGGUCUCGUCGAUUUCCGCAUGGGAAAUCUGGUGGGUCAAUUGGAAUUCGAACAUCAUGAGCUCGAGCAAACACAGAAAGGUCUCGAUAAGGCCGGCGUCAGCAUGCCUAGUUUUUCGGGAAUGGCUGCCAACUUUGGAGCGGAACCAGAGCCAGAACCGGAGCCCGAGCCGGAAUCGGAGGAAGAUCGCAUUCACCGUGAACUACAUGAAAGUGAAGCCUCGAUUGUUGAUUUCCAAGCUCAGCUUAAGGGCGCGAUGCUGCGACUGAAGCUUGGAAACUUGAUGAACGAUCUAUGGGAUUUUGAACCCUUUUUGGUAGAACUGCAGUCAAGGAUACGUGGAGACUGGGCUCGACAAAUCGUCCAAUAUCGACUGGAUAUGCGAAAAUUCGCCGUUCAUUUGCAAGCGAUCUGUCGAGCUUUUCUGGUCCGACAGCGGCAGAGAGCACUACGAGGUGCAUUGCAACGGCAGAAAGUGUACGAUCUUUACGAAGGCACAAGAGGUGCGGAGAAGGAUGUUCUAUUGUUGCAGGCCGCUAUUCGGGGUGCUCUGCAGCGCAAGCAACUCGCAACGCAAUACGAAGAAACUCACUCGGCUGAGACAGAUGUGACUGAGCUCCAAGCUCUUAUCCGAGGUGCUCUCCAACGCAGUCAGCUGGCAAAGCAAUACGAUGCAGUACAGUCUACAGAACCAGACGUUGUCGAGCUCCAAGCCCAUAUCCGUGGAGUCCUUCAGCGAAGUCGGCUUGCAAAACAACAUGAAACAACACAAGCUACAGAGGCAGAUGUGACUGUGCUUCAAGCUCUCAUCAGGGGUGCCUCUGUCCGUCAGCAGAUGAGCACACAGAACGAGGCCAUGAAUGCGACGACAGCAAGCACAGCGUCUCUGCAAGGACUCAUUCGAGGAAUGCUGACCCGGAAAGGUAUUGAAGAGACAAAAUCCUUGCUCUCGCAGGAAGUUCCUUCCAUUACCUCCAUUCAAGCAGGUGCGCGGGCUCUUGCAGCCAGAAAAUUCCUAUCACAGCAAGCAGAAGCCCUUUCAAAGACAGCAAACGAGUGCGCCUCUCUUCAGUCGAUUGUUCGAGGUAACGCUCUUCGAGCCGAGCUUGACCGUCUCCGACAAGACCUGAACGAGCAUGUGCCAUCCGUAAUUGACGUUCAGAGCAUCUCUCGGGCGAAUGCCGUACGAUCCUUCCUGAAUUCUCAACGCGAGUCUCUCAAAGGAGAGGAGACAUCCAUUUUGGCUCUGCAGUCCAUGGCUCGAGCCGUCAUACUCAGGAAACGACUGGAAGCAGACGCACAAGCUCUACAGCAGGAGGAACCGGUCAUAACCAAUCUUCAAGCUCUUAUCCGCGCGGCAAUUCUCCGCAUCGACGUGGGCGGCAUCUUGGAGGAGCUCGAUGAUUGCGAGUAUGAAAUUAGCCACUUCCAAGCACAGAUAAGAGCCAUGCUUGUUCGGGUUGACGUUGGCCAGACUCUUGCAGAUCUGGCAGCUGCCGAAGAUGUCGUUAUGGACCUUCAGUCACACAUCCGUGGACAUCUUGUUCGUUCCAGAUUCGAAGAGAAACGCCGCCAUUACCGUGAAAACAUGGACAAGGUAAUCAAAGCACAAAGCUACAUACGCGGUCGAAUCCAGGGUCAAGCCUACAAGAGCCUUACAAGCGGAAAGAACCCGCCUGUGGGGACUGUCAAGGGCUUUGUGCACCUGCUGAACGAUAGCGAGUUUGAUUUCGACGAAGAAAUCGAGUUCGAGAGGACGCGGAAAUUGGUUGUCCAACAGGUUCGACAGAACGAAAUGGCAGAACAAUACAUCGGCCAGCUCGAUAUCAAGAUUGCGCUGCUCGUCAGGAAUAAGAUCACGCUUGAUGAAGUCGUUAAACAUCAAAAACAUUUUGGUGGCCACGUUGGAAGCCUUCUGCCCAACCGGGAGAUUUCUUCCAAAGAUCCUUUUGACCUCAAGGCUCUGAAUAAGACUUCGAGACGAAAGCUAGAGCAGUACCAGGUUUUAUUCUUCCUUCUUCAAACCCAGUCACAAUAUUUGGCGCGGCUGUUCCGAAGGCUGCGUGAGCUCAACACGCCCGAGAAGGAGUAUGAUCGGAUAAGGCAUCUGAUGAUGGGUCUCUUUGGAUACUCGCAAAAGAGACGUGAAGAGUACUACCUCAUCAAGCUGCUUGCCCGCUCCGCCAGAGAAGAAAUCGAAAGCUUCGACUCGCUCCAUGAAUAUUUGCGUUGCAAUUCUUUCUGGAAUAAACUCUUCGCAUCCUAUAUUAAAUCCCCACGGGACCGAAAGUUUAUGCGUGAUAUACUUGGAACCGUCGUGAGGGAGAACGUGGUCGAGAACCCAGAACUGGACUUGGAGAGUGAUCCCAUACAGAUCUAUCGCUCGGCCAUCAACAACGAAGAGCUCCGGACUGGCAAGCGAAGCCGACGCCGACUGGACAUCCUAAGGGAGGAGGCGAUUAGAGACCCAGAAACAAGAGCUACAUUUAUCCAGCACCUUCAAGACCUUCGCGAUAUCGCUGAUCAGUUUUUUUCUGCCUUUGAGGAGCUAUUGUACAGGAUGCCCUUUGGUAUUCGUUACAUCGCAAAACAGAUGUACGAGAGCCUUCUUGCUCGAUUUCCCCAGGAGAAUCCUGGAUUCAUCCUCCAGACAGCGGGUCAUUGGGUGUGGAGAAACUACUUCCAUCCUGCAAUGGUCGAACCCGAGAAGUAUGGUGUGAUAGAUCGGGGCUUGACACAAGAGCAAAAGCGCAAUCUUUCAGAAAUCUCGAAGGUGAUCGCGCAGGUAGCAUCCGGCCGGCUUUUCGGCGCAGAGAAUGUCUAUCUCCAGCCACUAAAUAGCUACAUCGGAGAUUCUAUCCAGCGGCUUGGCCAGAUAUGGGGUGACAUGGUCUCUGUUCAGGACGCUGAAACGUAUUUCGACAUCGACGAAUUCAACGACCUCUAUGCUAAGACAAAGCCUACUUUGUAUAUCAAAAUGUCUGAUAUCUUCUCUAUCCAUCAGCUUAUCGCCAGCGAAGUCCAUUACAUCUGCCAGAAUCCCGAUGAUAUUCUGAAGGAGGUCAUUCGUGACCUGGGUAACGUCAAGUCUAACGAGAGUGAACUGAUGAGCGUCAACUCCUCUGAGAUCAACCUCACCUUGAACCCCAAGCUGGCACAAGUUGAAGACCCGGAAGCGGAUGUGAAGGCUCUGUUCAUGGAAACCAAGCGAUGCAUACUCUACAUUAUUCGGGUCCAAACAGGCGCUAACCUGAUGGAUAUCAUGGUUAAGCCACCCACCGAAGAGGACGAAGCCAAAUGGAUGACGUUGGUUCGCGACGAGUUGAGUGCGAACAACACACGACGAAGCCCCUACUCGGAGGCCACCACCAUGGUAGACCUUGCCUCUAUGAGUUACACCGAGUUGAAGCAAACGGCGCUGGAAAACAUUCUCCAACUCGAGCAAACUGGUAAAAUCCGGCGCGAUAAUUACUAUCAGGAUUUGUUGAAUGCGAUCGCCAUCGAUAUCCGCACAAAGCAUCGCCGGAGAAUCCAGCGGGAGCGGGAAUUGGACAGCGCUCGCAUGACGCUUGCUCGUCUCAACGACCAAGCUAUCUGGCUGGAUCAACAACUCAAGACCUACAACGACUACAUCGAGCAAGCCAUGGUGACCUUGCAGAAUAAGAAGGGAAAGAAGCGGUUCCUUAUGCCGUUCACCAAGCAGUGGGAUCACCAACGAGAACUACAGAAGUCCGGCAAGGUAUUCAAAUUUGGCUCCUACAAGUAUUCAGCCCGCAAUCUGGCGGACAGGGGAGUCCUCGUGCACUGGAAGGGAUACACUGAACGACAGUGGGACCGGGUCGACCUUACCAUCUCGAGUAACGAAGUCGGAGUUUUCACCAUUGAUGGAAGCAGUGGACCGAUGAUGAUCCCGGGUGCCAACGCGCAGGUUCCGUUGGACGACCUACUGCAAGCCCAGUUCAACAACAUGCAGUUCCUGGACUUCUUCGAUGGGCACUUACGAGUCAACGUCAAUCUUUUCUUGCACCUGAUAAUGAGAAAGUUCUAUAAUGAGUGA